AGCCCCGCAGGGCAGCUCGCGCCCGGCGGCCCCAUCCGGCGAGGGCCUGGGGCGCCCCCCCGCCCGGUACCAGCGCCGGGCACACCCCCUCCCGCCCCCGGCACUAGCGGAGAGGCGGCUCCGCUCUCACAACAGCGGCGCCCGGGAGCUGAACGCCGUCGCCGGGGAUUGCGGUGCCAGAGGCGGGGUUCGCGGCUAGAGGAGCCGGGCCGGGCGCCGCACCAUGCUGCCCCCGCUCUCCCCGCGCCCGUCCGCCUAAGGGCGGGGAGCCCGCGCCAGCUCCCGGUGCUGCCAUGCUGCCGGCGCUCCGCUAGGCGAGCCCGGCUCCAACCUCACGGGCAGGGAUCGCGGCGCCUCACCCCGGGCGGCGGCACCAUGAGGAACGGCGAGGACCUGGAAGGCUUCGAUGGCGAAGCGUCCAGCACCUCCAUGAUCUCCGGGGCCAGCAGCCCCUACCAGCCCACCACCGAGCCCGUCAGCCAGCGCCACGGGCUGGGCGGCCUCCGCUGCGACCUGGACUAUCUGCGGGGCGCUCUCGGCAAGAUCAAGAUCACCGAAGUGGUUUUGGCACUGAUUGCAUUCAUCUGCAUAGAGACCAUCAUGGAAUGCUCCCCUUGCGAAGGCCUUUAUUUCUUUGAGUUUGUGAGCUGUAGUGCAUUUGUAGUUACUGGAGCUUUAUUGCUUAUGUUCAGUCUAAAUCUUCACACAAGAAUACCACAGAUCAACUGGAAUCUUACAGAUCUUGUCAACACUGGACUCAGCACUUUCUUCUUUUUCAUUGCAUCUGUAGUACUUGCUGCUUUGAACCAUAAAACUGGAGCAGAAAUUGCUGCUGUGAUAUUUGGUUUCUUGGCGAUGAUAGUGUAUGCUGUGAAUAUGUAUUUAGCUGUUAAAAAAUGGCGAAUGAACAGCAGACAGCAGAACAGCCGGCAGACAAGUGAUUACAUUCGUGCUCGGACAGAAUCAAGAGAAGUAGAUCACCGCCCUGAGAUUCAGCGUCUGGAUGCGUGAAAACUACAGCUGAGUGGGACUGCAAAGAGGGGAUAGAAAACAGCAACUUUUUAUUUUGCUUCAUCAAGUGAAGUUUAUAUAGUUUGAAGUUUUCAUUUUUUAGGAAGAGUCGUGGCAGAGAUAAGCUGACCAUUUAUAUGUACAGAGAGAGAAAUUGAUCUACAUUUAUUCAGAAGCUGUUGGCUUGGAGGCUAUAAUUAUUGGCCAUUCAAAAGCACGAUCUAUAUACAAUGAUUACAUAUAUCUGAUGUAUGUUAAUAUUUUAGAUUAAACACCUGUAUAGUACUUCUUUCUAGGUACCAGCUCUAGAGAGACUUGCGCACAUUGCCACUAUUUCAUCACCCAGUAGGAAUGUUAUGAUCAACACUAUAUUCUGUUAAAAGAAAGGAAAUAUUCCAAAACUUAAGUACAUUUUAUUGCAUAUGAAAAGAAAGUGAGGGACAAAUAGCAAUAACAUAAACCAGCUUUAGUGUACACCAACAUUUAAUACACUUCCUCAUGCAACUUUGCCAAUGCAAUUCACUUCUCACCUGCAGGACCUACCAUAGUUCCAUCCUUGGUGCAUUUUGUAGCUGACACAGGCAGUCAUAUCAGAUAUUUGGGCUGGUGGAUUGGUGAUAUGGACAGACACACUAUAGACUAUACUAAAACCACCAAACUCAUUUCUUGUAUGACCUCAACCAGAUUUUGAAUUGGGGCUCCUACAUGUGAAAGACUAGCACUUUCACCUGCUGCACAGUCAACACAACCCAUCCAACACUAGUAUGUAGGAGUCUACUCGUGUUUGAAUAUGUAUUACAUGAUUUUCAUUCAUGAAAUACUUUUGAGGGGUUGUCAGGUAAUAGAGACUACACCCCAAUCAAGAUUCAUUUUUUAUUUCAAGGUUCAGUCAUCUUGGGAUUUUAAGGAAAUCAGGAGCCACCAGAAAUGCAUGAUGUAUAUAUUGUAGGAUAUUCGAAGACUAUGACAUGUUUUGUGUAGGAUAAAUACAUUUUAUGGCAUAUUCUGGUUUUAGAUUGGUUGUUCUGUUAAAUUAAAAUUGGUUGGUAGUAGGUAAAAUAAUUUGGUUUAAUGCCUAAAUUGGACAUAGCUAUAAAACAUUUUUAUAAUGUUCCUUUGAAGCUAAUUUUAGGUAAUGAGGACUUAUGGGUGGUUGAACCUAUUGUUUUUCUCUGUUUGCUUCUCAUCUUUACAGACUGUUUUCCUAGCUCAAAUUUUCUCACUUCCAUUGAACUUUCAGUGAAGAGAAGACUGUAUUCUGUGGUUAUUGAAUUCUGCAAUAAUAUGUCUAGAACCUUAAUCAUAAUUUUAUUAGGGAGACUUCACCAAUAUCGUGUGUGUCCCAUGUAAUAAUGGGUUGGCAUAUGGAUAAGUGCUUACAACAGCUUUCUCAUUUAUUGUAGAUGGGAACACAACAUCAUGCCACCCCCAGUGGAGUCAAAUGUAAACCUGAUGUACUUGAGUAAGAUCUUCAUGGAAGUCAGUGAAGUUGUAUACACUCACACCAGAUCUGAGUUUGUUCCACAGACUUUUAGCAUUGUAUUCAUGUGUAAUUAUUCCCAGUAUGAUGUUUACAGCAAAACAUAGUUGGAAUCAUAAGUAUAAGACGCUGUCAAGUCAGUUUUAAGUGCAAAAUGUAGAUUUUUUUUUCCAAACAGAGUUUUACCAAUCCUAAAGUUAAUAGAAAUGUUCACAUGAAACUUUUUUUUUUUAUUUUUUGUAAUUCCAAAAAAACAGGGAAGGCUCUAGAUUUGAACAUUCUACACUGUUCACUUCUCAGGCAAUGCAAGCCGUGUGCUGAUGCAUGAAAACCAGAAAGUGAGACUGUUUCUCUCUUGUCAUUCUCCAACUUGUUUGCUAUUUGCAGUCAUUCCACAGAAACUAGAUCUUUUUAAAAUUCUGUUUUAAUAAUUAAAUUAAAGGAAAUUAAUUGUUUAUUUUUAACCUGAUAGAGAUCUUUUUAUCAUAUUAUCAUAUUUAAUGUUAUAUUUUACAUUUCACCGAAAGUUGUAACUGACGGGAGUGCUGAGUUUAGAGUCUAACAGUUGAAGUUCUAAUGAUUGUUUAGAGUGGUUAAGAACAUAGCUAUCUUAUUAAUUAAUUCCAGUGAAAGCUAGUUUUAAUGGGGUGUCACAUGAAAAAUGACCCAUAAUUCAGUAUGGUUAGCAGUGCUGAAUGGAAGUCUGCAUGGUGCCCAUUGGACAAGUUCUUCUUUCAGCAUACUGUGCCAAGCAUUGGCAGGAUGAUAUAAUUGGGGUAGUUCGUAGAUGUUGCAGUUUAAAAAAAAGAAUAUCCAUAAAUAAACCUGAAAAACUAAACAUAGUGAUCUCUAGGGUAGACUUGCAGCUUAGUUUAAAGGAAUAUACUGAAAUGUUAUCGAAACCCUCUAAAAAGGGAUUCAGAGGAUGCCUAUAUUAAUAUUUCAUGGGUGAGAUCUUCCGCUGAAGUCAAGUAAUAGAGGAAUCCAGUGUAUGGUAUAAUAACGAAGACUUUUCAACAUAGCAAAAGCAUAUCCUGUUAGCUGAUCAGUAGAAGGAAUGAAAUGGUGUGUUAUACAAUCCCCUUGUGCUUUUCUAGUUAAUUUCUGACCCUAAGCAAUGUUUUAGUUACUUAGAGAUCUAGACAGAUAUCCAUUUACAAUUUUAUGUACUGUCUUGGUAUCUUUUAACAUUAUGUGCAUUUUACUGCAUGGGAAAGGAGGGAAAACUGCAUAGUGCUUUGUCAGAGUUAGAUCACAGAAGGUUUUUGUUAAAGUGCAUGCUUGGUCUGGCUAGUUAAUGUGAAUUACUUUUUUUACAGUAAUCUGAUACAAUGGUCUCUAGUAUAUUGUACAAUCAUAUAGCAAAUGUAUGAUAUGAUUACACAUGAGAUACAAUGGCUUUGAUGUUCUGAGUACAAAAUAUAAUUAUUUAUUAUUUACACCAUGAUUACAUGGUCAGCACAAUUAUAGAAGAAGAUACGAAGUUUUUGAGAUGAGCUCGGACAGAAUAAAAAUUUAAAAAACCCACUUUCUGAACACAAAUCUUAAAUAACUGUAAACAAACAGAAAAUAAAUGCAACUUCCAUAUAACUUUUGGGACCAAAGAUGAUUUUAGUGUUGAUAGAUACACUUAAAAUAAAAACUAAAUUAGAGAUUUGUUAGUCUAGGAAAAUGUUAUUUAUGAAUGUCAUGUAAGUUGGAGGGGAUGGAUUCAUUGGCCUUAUGAAAGAAAAUUAAAAUUCAUGUGCUGAUAUCCUACAGUAUGUACACAAUGAUUUGUUUUUUUCCAGACUGGAUUUUGUACUGUGGCAUAAUAAAAUAUCUGCAUCUUUCCAACAAAUUAAAAAAAACUAAUAACAAAAAUGCAGAUACUGAUAUUGGCCUCUAUAUAAAACAAUGGGGCAGAAAGUUUAACUUUUGUGAAACUUAUAUAGGAAACUCAUCUUAAAGUGCUUCCCCCUGUCAGAUUAUGGUUCUGCUUUACUACCGGUUAGUCUCACUUUGAACCGUUUGUUAAACAUAAAGGGACCACUUCCUUAGUCCACAAGAGAACUACUUUGCUUCACAAAGGGAUCCACAACAUUGUAAAUAGUGCUCAAAUUAAAACCAGACCAUUAAACCAUUUCUCAAUGAUGGGGAAAUGUGGUGCUUGAAAUUGUCUUAGGCAUCUGGGCAUUCUUUCCAAGGCAAAUCUUGUCCUCAGAUAUGCAGUUCCAAUGUAUUUCAGUGUGUAUGUGUAGCUGAGGGAAAAAAUUGCCAUAUUUGUGCACAUCCCAUAAGUAGGGCCCUAAGAAAUUCACGGUCCGUUCUGGUAAAUUUCAUGGCCGGAGGGUUUUAAAAUAGGUCAGUUUUACCUUUUCAGAUUUCAUGUCUGAAAUUUUAUGGUGUUGUAACCAUCGAGGUGGUGACUCAAAAUGAGACUUGGGGGGUCGCAAAGCUGUUGUAGGGGGGUCGUGGGAUUGUCACCCUCAUUUCCAUGCUGCCGUCAGAGCUGGUCUCCAUGGAGCUUCCUGCAACCAGGGGAGGUACCCAGAGGUGAGGCUGAUCUCUCCUCCUCCCUCUCCAGAGCUGCUAUGCAGGGGAAGAGCAUGUCCUGUCCCUCCCCAGACCAGCUGGGAUUAGCAGCUAGGAGCCCCUGGCUGAGGCGGUCCCAGAAGCAAGGGGAGAUCAGACCCACCUCCACCUCCAGGAACCUCCUCUGGCUGCAGGAAACUUGGUGACUGCUGUUUGGGCUCUGAAGGCAGCACAGCUACGGAUCUUUCUGCAGCCAGGGGAGGAAGUGGGUCUGUCUCCUCCUAAGAACAGCCGUGCAGGGGAAGAGGAAAUCCCGUCUCUCCUCAGCCUGGCAGACUAUCAGCAGGAGCCGGCUGAAUGGUAAGAGCCCCCCUACUGGUGCACCCCUAGGUCUGCACCUUUCCCUCCCCUCCAAUAGCUACAUUUCACUGGAAAGGUCUGAUUUCACGGUCUGUAACGUGUUUUUCACGGCUGUGAAUCUGGUAGGGCCCUACCCAUAAGAGAACAUGAAUGAAAUAGACAAAUAAUGGUAGCAGCUACACUGUGCAGACUUCUGGUUUUGUUUGUUUGUUUUUAAAUAGUUCUGUACACAGCUUUUUGUCAAUCCCAUUUUCAAUUUUGUCAGCCUCACUACUUGCUCAUCUUGUCACAUUCUCUGUAACUAUAGCAACAUGGAAACCACUCUGAACCAUAGAAAUAAUUUCACAAGAAACCUAGUAGGAACUGGGUUUUUGGUAAUUUACUUGCCUAGUAGCAAAGGUGGUUCUUCCUGCCUCCUAUUUGCUUUCCCCCCCAUGGAAAUCACCUAAUAAUUGCUAUGUUUCGCUAGGGAAGUUUUUGUACAUCCCUCUCCACCAAACUCAAUGAGGUUUGGCUCUGCGUUUGGGAAGAUGAGGGCAGGUUGUCCAGCACCUUCUCUUUAUUUAGUUAAGUAUUUCCCUUUGGGAUUAGUUUGGUGUUUUUUGCUCCCUUCUUCAGAAAUUUGGAAGCUGUGUGGUGUCCCCAAGUCCCCAGCUAGUUGUGUUUCUCCUGUAAAUCAUGUCUUCUGCCUGCAGCACUCGCACAGAGGUGAAAAGAAUGGAAGACCCUUUCCCUUGGCCAGAGAGGUAGCUGUGAGAUCUCAUGCCAGUGCUUCAGAGGACCCCAAGCUCUCUAGCACUUGAUGGUUCUGAAACAGUGGCCCUGGUCCCACAGUGUCUGUGCUGUCCAUCCAGUCCUUGUAGCCUUCUGAAUACAAGUUAUAACUUGGUUGGCUGUGGUAGCAAAGUUUAUUACUUUUUCCUUUCUUGGUGGUAGAUUGUCUGUUAGGCAAAGCCGUGAAUGACAUCAGAAAGGAACUUUAAAGAGCCUUAGCAUACCAUCAGGAUUGGCAGAUAAAGCCCUGUUUGAAAUUAACUUUCCAUUCACAAGGAAACUACUCUUCCUUUUAGGUUUCGUAUCACAUAGCUUAGUUCUGUAGCCUGUCACUUAGAAUGGUCUGGACCUUUUUUGUUCUCUCCGCUUGUGCCUGAUAGUUAAUUUUGGUGGGAAGUGGGAAGAGAUGGACAGCUGGCUAUCUCCAGUCUCCUCUGAAUCAGUGACUGUCUCAACUCUUCUUUCUAUGGACUGUUUCAUAAGAUAGAGAGCCUGGCAUGGUCCUGCCCUGUUACUGCAAGAUCCACUGGGUCUUACAAUACUCUCAUUCAGACUGCUAGAUAGAGCUCUGUGAUCUGGACUACAGUUUGAGAGUUGCUGUUCUAGACAACGGACCCAGGUAGUCCCUUGCAACUGGAUUGUAGAAUUAAUCGCUAAAGUUUUCAAUGAAAUGUCCAGUUUGGCCUCCUUAAACAAGUGAAGAUGUCCCCUUAUGCUACUUACCCCUGCUGUUACAUUGGGUUGAGGCAUACAGGCAGAGCAAGUGAUGCUUAAUGUACCCACGUCACAUCAAUUUGGCAAUACCUGCUUUGUUUUUCAACAAGGAAUCUUUUCCUGGUCUGAAAUCUCCCCACAUCUGUGCCUAGUGUCGUCUUUUCUGACUCUCUUUUUAAUAAACAUUUGUUCACCCAUUUCCUUUCUGGGGGUGGUAAUUAAUAUUACAGUGGUUCUGGAGAGCACCCGUCGCAAAAAGCCUGAGGCAGUCUGCAUUUCAAACACUAUUAAAAAUAGCAUCAACCAUCCUCCUUCAGAUGUGAUGUAAAGACUGAACAGCUUUCCAAGUCUAAAUAGCAUAAACAUAAGCUCUUAAUGCUGAAACCUCUAGAGCCAAAGGUCUUUGAUUGAUAUUUAGGACAAAUAAAUAGUCUGGUAGAAUCUAACCAUGAACCUAAGAAAAAUUUGUUAAUGCUUUUACAACUCUUUAUUUUCCAAGUGAUGUGUGAACAUUUAUAAUCCUCAGUGCCCUUGGGAAGGAGAAGGGAGGUGUUUUCUGCUUUUCACAGAAGAGGAGACAGAGAGACAGCGAGUCAAUGGUAGAAACAGGCUUGGAAAUCUGGAUUUUUUUGUUCCCAGCCUCUAGGUCACAUCCCAUCCCUAAUCAGGAAAUAAGAUACUAAAUCAGAGAGUGUCUGUGCUUGUGAACAGUAUACUGUAAAAUCUGUGUCAGAGCUAUGCUGUUACAUCAGCCAGUGUGGUUAUCGAACAGCCCAAUUAAAAGCCAGUAGUUGGUCAAAGGAGUCACUACAGAAUGCAAGUACUGCUUUCACCAGAAAGGUGAAUGUGCCCCGUCUGAGGCACCGAUCCUGCAAAGUUUUACACACUGAGUAGUCCCACUGAAAUCAAAGCUAUUUAGGUUGUGUAAAGUUGAGGAAGUGUGUAGGUCCCUGCAAGAUCAGAUACUAGCUAUGAGCCCCAUUCAUAAUGUGGUGGACUGCUGGGAUGGCCUUGGAGUCAACCAAGGAUCAGACACAUUAUGCGGAGAUAGAAGGUUGUUUUUUAACUAUUGUGUUUAAACCUAUUUUAGGCCUAAUGGUCAUAAAAAUAUCAUUUUGAAAGGAAACUGAAAUAUGUACGAAAAUAGCAGAAUGCUGUAAUGUUUGUCAAGUAAGGAUCUGGAAAGAAAUUAUAUUUGAAAACUGCUAAUAAAAGUGGUAGAGUGUUCUUCCUUUCAGUAGGGCAAAUUACCAAGGCUCAGAAGCAGGAUUAAGUUAAAUUGCUCUUUACAAACUAUUUCUCCUUAUUCAAGAAUUAGCUGGAUACGUCACUAGAAUUUUUCUCAUUAGCACUGUCUUUACUAUCGCCAUAGUACCCAUCAUCCAUUCACAGGAGCAGAGAGGUUUCAAAUUGGCUGGGAGAGUAGGAGGAUACAGUCUGGCCCUAACGUUUUUUUUGUGUGUGUAAAGUUAAAAGAAAAAAAAUCUUUGACCCUUGUGUACCCAUUGAUGUUUCUGAAAUACACUUUUAAAAGAAAAUCUGCUCAGGCUGUGAUUUAUAAUAAUCUUUGAUUUAGAGUAGAUGACACUGGUCAAUUUUGUUUAGGGACAUGCAGGCUUCAAAAAUGUUCUUAUUUAUGCUUCUAAGUGAAAGUCACCCAUUUCUUUCCAAAAAUGUGAUGAAGUACAUCUUGCGCUGGCAUACACUAUCGUUACCUAUUCACAAUCCCACCGGACUCAUUCAGCUCUGCUGGAUGAAUGACCUAGUGAAAAUGUGUGUCCUAGUAGCUAUGGGCUAAUAAAUAUUUUUUGUAUAACUAGUCACAGGUGUUCCUUUUUAAAUUAUACUUGGCAAAGAAAAUAUUUAAUUUUGUUUUUAUAUACAAUAUACCUAGUUAACCUUGAUUGACAUAUUUAUAACAUAGAGCUUUGAACUUACUAUGAAGGUUUUCAGUCCCAUGGAUUUCAUGAGCUAAGUAAAAGCUAAUUAACAUAUAGUGAAGGAUAUGGAAAUUGUCAUAAAUUCAUAAUGAAGACUUAAAAACAUUUAAAAAGGCAGUGUCCAGAUCUUGUAAACAGGUUUUUGGGGUUUGGUUGGGGCUGGUCCUACAACUAUAUUAAUAACCUCUGGAUGUGAAAUAUUGAGGGAACAGGAUGAAAUAUAAAUAUCUGCUUCUUUUGACUUGCAAGGACCCGAUGAGUAUCCAGAACAUAGUACAUUUCAGGGUGUCGGUUUUUUUGACAAAUGUCUUAACAGACAUAUUUAGUUGAAAGCUUCCAUUUGAAAGGAAAUAUCUAUAACUAGUUUGACUUAGUAUUUUUAGUAAUCUUUUAAUCCUAAAAGUAAAAUAGUCUAAAUACUUUAGCAAUGCUAUAUUGUUCCUGAAGUCUAUAGGUUUAAAGUGGUUCAGGCUAGCAGCCUGGUAUUUUGAAAAUUUGCUACCUUCAAUUUUCUACUUUUUAUACUUUAGAUCUUGAAUGUUUACUGGUUCCUAGCAAUUGGAUAUUGUGGAGGGAUAGUGCAUCUUAUCACUACUAUUCAUGCAGCUUUAAAUCACAUUGCAGACCUAUAGUGAGACUAAUACUUUUUAUUUGUAUUGUAAUCAAGUUAAUGCAUUUUAAAAUAAUUCCUAUAUUUAAAAUACAACACUUAGGACAUCCUAGAAUGAAUGAUAUAGCUACUUGAAAGGUGUUCUGUUGGCCAGGUUUCUCCUCUUCUACAUUAGUGUCCAUUGAAACUGUUUGUAUAUGUUGACAUUUGUAAGGGUUCAGGAACCCAGAAUAAAAUAGUAAAGUAUGUA